CUCCCCUUCGAGCGAUCGAUCCGGGCGGUGACGAAGUGGAGGAGAGCAGAAGGGAUUCUGGCGGUCAGCGCAGCCGUCGCCCUCGUUGACAUCGGCCUAAACCUCCUCGGUUCUGCCAUCAAAGCCCACGUACAGAGCAGAAGGAAGAAGCAACAACGACAAAGCCGUGAGUAGAAGAAAGAAACGAGUCCCAGGAGGAGCUAAGGACACCAUUGAGAUGCUAUCAGAUUACGCGAGAUGAGAACCAGCAAUACACUCGUUCAAUGAAAGCAAAACCAGAAACAGUUUUUCAAGGACAUAUAUUUAUAUCCUGCAGUCAAACAUUAAGCUAUAGCUGAAUGCCCCUCGGUCCAUGACACCUAAGAGUAUUACAGCAUGAUGUGAAUUUUGGUCAAAAAAUUAGUCAAUUGGAUGUCUCUUUUCUAUUUUUUGGGGUGAACGGUAAAGUCAUAGACUGUGACUGAUUUAGUUGGUAGAAUAUCGCUUGAUGAGAGACCAGGCUGUGGAUGACAUUGCCUUUGUUUCAGACUGAAAACAAAGUGGAAUUAAUGCUCCUGGAUAUGUGCAUGUGGAUCACACUGAUGGCAGAUAAAGUUUCAAGUGGCUGUUGUGUAGCCAAAUGUCUGAACAUGUGCAGCACAAGGGAGAUCAGGAUGCUGAAAUAUUGCUCCAGGUUUCUGGUAAACAAGUGGAGCACAAACAUGCCCUGGGCAUCUGGCUAAAGACUAAGUCAUGUCUAGAGGAUCUGAUUCCAGUGACUUCAAGCAUUUUCCACGUGGGACAAAGAAAGGAAAACUUGUAUCUAAGAAAGAAAUCAACUGAAACUCCAGCUUCCAUGCAUGAGUUAUUUGCUUGCAGAUGAAGAGCUUGAACCUGAGUUAGGACUGACGGGAAAACAGCAUCUUAACCAUCCAAGUAUCUCACCGGAGCUUUGACCAUUUGAACAGACUUCAAAGUCCCAUGCCACCAGGGGAAAGGAAGGUGAGGUGGCGGAUGGGCUCCACCAUUUGAGGAGACAUGACUUUUCUUGGCUCAAAGACCCGAGCAUUUGGAGAACUCGAAGUUUUGGGAUGUUUCUUUUGGCCGUCACAAUUGGCUCGGCGAACGAUCGCAUAGAUUGGGAACCAAGCGAGGGGCAAGAAAGAAACCACUCGAGAGUCUACGUCGUCGCUCCUUCCCCUCCCUUCUUCGUCUUCCAAUUGGAGCAGAGGCCGAUGCAGAAGCGAGAGUAGGAAAGACCGCAUCUUCGAGUACCGAAGGGAGAGAGCCAUCUCGAUCGCUUCAGACCGUCGCCGGGUUGCUUCGGCCCUUUAAGUCGUGUUUGGGGGCGAGCGGGGAAAUUUGGUUUCUUGGUCGAAUUGGGUUUUGCAGUUGAUUUUGUCGCUGGGGCGGUGUUGUUUGAUUGCAGCGGAGACGGCAGUCUAACUAAUCGAGAUAAGCUGCAUCCCGAAACGGUGAAAGAAAAAAAGUCAUCUUUGUCCUGAAUAUGGAACUGGCAUAGGAACAUAUCAAAAAUUGCCCCAUUUUGUUAUCUAAUGGAAGAUGGGGAAGGGAGGAAUAUGAGGCUGUAAAUAGCAUCGACCAGCCAAGAAAUUUAUUGUUCAUAACAGAUUCAACCCUGGGAGACAUUUUUAAGGCAUCGAAGUCUGUAUUAUUCUUUGACUUAAUAGCCAGUGUUCAAGCAUGAUUAAGCAGAUACUAAAUCGUCUCCCUCGAAAGCCAUCAAAGUCGUCAGAUAGUCGAGAUUCAGUUGGUGGGUCAGUGCCUCCGUCGUCAUCUUCAAGCAGCUCAAGAAGUGGGGACUUGCAAACCAGUAAGAUCACAAACCCAAGCAGUCAGGUCCCUCCUGGAUUGAGUCCUGGGUUAAAUAAUCUAAACAAAUAUGCUCCACCUGUUAAUUUGAAGCUUAAUGGAAAUUGUGUAAUCCCUGUCUACGAAGCAUUGCCGAGCUUUAAGGAUGUCCCUAAUUCUGAGAAGCAGAUCUUGUUCAUGCGAAAGUUGGACUUAUGCUCUGUCGUGUUUGACUUUACUGACCCAUCAAAGAACUUGAAAGAGAAAGACAUAAAGCGACAGACGCUGUUAGAGCUUGUUGACUAUGUGAGUUCAGCAAGUGGGAAGUUUCCAGAGACUGUCAUGCAAGAGACAACCAAGAUGGUGUCCAUCAACUUGUUUAGGAAUCUAACUAUUCCACCUCGAGAACACAUGGUUUUGGAAAAAAUUGAUGCAGAAGAGGAGGAACCUGUAAUGGACCCUGCAUGGACACACUUACAGAUUGUCUAUGAGUUAUUUCUACGGUUUGUUGCAUCUCCAGAGACCGAUGCUAAGUUAGCAAAAAGAUAUAUAGAUCACUCCUUUGUUCUUAAGCUCCUUGAUCUCUUUGAUUCUGAAGACCCCAGAGAGAGGGACUACCUAAAGACGAUACUUCACCGUGUUUAUGGUAAAUUUAUGGUGCACCGCCCAUUUAUCAGAAAGGCUAUUAACAACAUCUUUUAUCGGUUUAUCUUCGAAACAGAAAAGCACAAUGGAAUUGCAGAGCUUUUGGAGAUUUUAGGAAGUAUAAUCAGUGGAUUUGCUUUGCCUUUAAAGGAAGAGCAUAAAUUGUUCCUUGUGCGUGCACUAAUCCCACUUCACAAGCCAAGGUGCAUUGGUAUGUACCAUCAGCAGUUAUCAUAUUCCAUAACUCAAUUUAUCGAAAAGGAUUGCAAACUUGUGGAUACUGUUAUAAGGGGCUUGCUGAAGUACUGGCCUGUUACAAAUAGUUCAAAGGAAGUCAUGUUCUUGGGGGAGUUAGAAGAGGUCCUAGAAGCAACUCAGCCUGCAGAUUUUCAGAGGUGUAUGGUUCCAUUAUUCCGCCAGAUUGCUCGAUGUUUGAACAGUUCUCACUUUCAGUUUUCAGGUGGAGUUUUGAUGAAUUUGCAUACUCUACUUUGCUACCCACUUCUUAUUCUGUCUUUUUAUACUAGGGUAUGUCCACUAAGCCUUAUAGGCUUUCUAAUAUCACUAUCUCUAUCCAGUUUCUAUAAUCUGAUACUUUUGGAAAUGUUGACACUCCACUUUGAUAUCAAGUUUGCAGGGGCCAAAGCCUCCUUAAACUGAAACUCUGCUUUUGUGAUUUCUAGGAAUGUUUAUUAUUGAUUGAUAUUAUAGCGGCUCAGUUGGUUCUUAAUGGUUCAUUUCACAAGGAAGUAGAUGAAAUGCAAGAUAAUAUUGAUUUAGUAAAGCAUGCUUAAGAUAUUGAGAAAUGAGAAUUAAGUAUAUAUAAUUCAAUAUGAAUUGUGCAGAUUGUGCUUAUGUUCAUGAUCAUCAAUCCGUCACAAUUGUUCAUGAUCAUAAAUUAUUACAUCAUCAAUUGAUUAUGAACACAAGCACAAUCACAUGAGCAUUUUUUAUGCUGGAAUUAUAUUGUUGAAUAGGAAGAGAAAUUUGAAGAAGCUGUUGUUCAUAGGAUUAAAGUAGGACGGUUUGUAUAAAGAGAGGAUCUCAAUGUGUUUUGUGAGUGUUAUGUGCCACUUAAAUUGAAAAAGGAAAUCUAAAAUGUUACAAACUUCAAUAUACUUUUAGAAUGGUGGACAUUUGGGAGAUACUGAGAUAGCAUAUUGACACGUUAGUGUCAGUGUGAUAAUAUUGAGAUGAAUGUAUGUGAUUAAAAUGAGUUAGAAUAGAAAUAGAAGAGUAGACCUGAAAGGUCUUGUAUUAGAAACAACAAGGGAUUUGAGAUGCUUUUAAUUUGACUAGUGAUGUCACCUUUAGCUGAGCUCAAUGGGUUAAAAACCCAGAUGACAUCAAAUAGUCGGGUUUUACAACAACUUGUUAUUCUUAUGUUUACUGCUUCUGUUUGAGUAAGUUAUAUGAAAAUUGAACAUGCACUGGUACUUGUUAUGCUAGCAUUUAUGAUAGUUGGAGCAAAAUGGUUACAA